AUGCACACAUGUGUGGUUAACAAGAUAAUAGUUGAUCUGCGGGACCGGCACCGUCGCCGUUGUAUUAAGAACAUUGGCCAGGAACGCCAGUCCAAGCGCAAAUCCUGCGACGCCUGUGCGCAGAAGAAGCUGCGGUGUUCCAUGACCCGGCCCUCCUGUAGCCGAUGUAUCCAAAGCCGACGGCCUUGCGUGUAUCCGCAGUCUUCUAUUCCUGUUCAAGCUCCCAAUCUUGAUGAUGCUCAAGAUAAUAUUGUUACGUCUUCCGGCUCCCUUCACUCAGUUUCGGUCUGCGCCGGUAUAAUACCUGGUGGCACGACAUGGGCCCUUCCCACAUAUCCGUUCGACACCCCGUCUACUGCCGACGAAGUAAAUGAUGUUUCGGGCUCCUCCUGGAGUCCCGAAACUCCAACAAAUGCCGAACUUGCGUUCCAAACCGUUAACGAGAGUACUAUGUUUCCCAUGCAAGAUGUCUCGUUGAUGAACUCCCCGCCCUGGCAAGAGGAUCUCCAUGAACGGCCCGAAACCCUUGGGCUGGAGGAGUUCUUUUCCGGGUCGCUUGACAGUUGUUCGCCAGCUAUGUAUAUACCACCGACGAUGGGGUCCUCUCCAGUGACCAUGGUACCUCCUACCCCGGCUACUCUCCCGGGCGACUCUUAUGCUACGGGAGGCGGACUGAGUAUGUCAUCGGUAUCCCCUGGCUAUUUCGAUAAUUUCUGGCCCGAUAACAUGGCGUCCACCGAUGAAGACCACGAAACUUGGCGAUUCGGCACGUACACAGAUAGCCGGUCCGGAUCGGGGUUCGGCCAAAACUUCCUGCCCAAAACAAGUCAUCAUAGCCCGGGUGACAUCGGUGAUCUCUAUCAAGAGCUGUUCAGCUUGUUACGUGAGUACCCCGGGCUGGCACUGCAGAGACAGUUCUACUCGCCUUUCCUACACCACGAGCUACAAGGGUAUGCGAUGCAAUCGUUGGGCCAGCCAAUUAGCACUACUCUGAGUUCGAUAUCAUCCUAUGCUAGUUAUCUGGAGGCUUGUGAUACAUUUGAUUUGUCAAUGCACGAUGGGGAGCGGCUCGCAGCAGCAGAAGGCUGCGUGGUAGCGCUUCAUGCUGUCUGUGUUCAACAGAUCCUGAGCAUUUUCGGCGAUAACUUCGCCACCACCGGCUUCAGCAAGCUCCCAAACUUUGCAGGCGAUCAAGGGCAUACCGAGACUCCUGUUGACAUUCUCUUGAGGAUGACGCAGCGGGUCUACAAACUUCAUGAGGACGUUCUUCGCACCCCCCAUGAAGAUGAAACAGAUUGGCGCCGAUGGAAAUUCGCCGAAUCCCUGCGACGUAAUAUUUUCUUCGCCAAUAUAAUCCGAACAUUAGCAGGACGGGCCCGCCGUUACAACGGGAUCAACAUUGACCCGCUAGAUAGCGCGAUCCUUCUUCAGCUGCCGUUGCCGGCGCCGGAGGAAAUGUGGCGAGCACGCAGCGAGGGGGAGUGGAUGAUAGCCCGCGCACAGACGCAGCGGUCGUGGGCGCGGGGCGUGGAUGGCAGCAUGCUGCCAGCCCUGCGGACCCUACAACAGCUGCUGGUGCUGGAAGAGGUUGGCAGUGUAAGUGUUACGUUAUUGCUUCCCAUCACACGCAUGAUUCUGGCGUGUGCCAAGCUCAAUGGAGCUUCAUAUGGCUGA